AAAUUCCAGUUGCCAAUGAAGGAAACCUGUGUGGGGUGUCAGAAGACUGUGUACCCCAUGGAAAGGCUCUUUGCCAACCAGCAGGUUUUCCACAUCAGCUGCUUCCGCUGCUCCUACUGCAACAGCAGACUCAGCCUCGGGACGUACGCGUCGCUGCGAGGGAACAUCUACUGCAAACCUCACUUCAACCAGCUCUUCAAGUCCAAAGGCAAUUACGACGAAGGCUUUGGGCACAAGCAGCACAAGGAGCUGUGGGCAGGCAAAACAGAGUGUGAGGAGGCCCUGGAGAAGCCCAACCCUGGUGUAAAUGCCACAGCACCUCCGCAGAGCCCGGGGGUGGAGGAUGCUCCCAUUGCAAAGGUUGGAGUGUUGGCAGCGAGUAUGGAAGCCAAAGCUUCAGCUGUGCCAGAGAGAGAAGAGAGACCAGCAGAAACAAAGAAGCUGAGGAUUGCCUGGCCACCUCCCUCGGAUCAAACCAGCCAAGGAAGUGCCUUAGAGGAGGGCAUCAAAGUAUUCAAGCCCAAGUGGCCCCCAGAAGAAGAGGUGUCCAAGCCAGAAGCGCAGGAGGAUGUGGAUCUGGACCUGAAGAAGCUGAGAAGAUCCUCCUCGCUGAAGGAGCGAAGUCGUCCCUUCACCGUCGCGGCCUCGUUCCGAACGGUGUCCGUGAGAGGCCACAGAGCAGAGACUUCCCUGUCUCCUCCCAAGGCUGAGAGAGACACGUUGAAGAGGAGUGAGGAGCUGGAGAGAGAGUUGGUCGUGGAGAAAAAGCAGAAGGAAAAGAAGGUUGAGAACAGGAACGUGCAGAACAAUGAGGAGAAGAACGUGGAGGAAGAACGGGAAGUGUCCGGUGUGCCAGCGGCAGAGAGUAACGUGGUGGAGAAUGGGCAGGUGAGUGUGGAGACAGACGAGGAGGAAAACGCCGCAGAAGAGCCAGAAAUCCCAAACGAGGAGCCCCUUGAACCAAAUUCUCCCAAACAUUCCAGCCUGGCCAACGUCACGACGGCCAAGGAAUCGUCUCCCGGCCAGAACCGCAAGUCGCAGGACGUUGGGUUCUGGGAGGGGGAAGAUGUGGAGGAUCUCUCUGUGGAGGAGCAGAUCAAGAGGAAUCGUUACUACGAGGAUGAGGAUGAGGAUGAGGAUGAAGAGUAA